UCUUUACUCUUAGAACGUGAUGAGGUUAACAGCACUGUGCGUAUGUGGGACCCUGCUGGCUUUCUUGAGCCUCUCAUGGACCACAGCAGACUCUGAUGAAGGAGACCUCCUAGGGGAUAAUGACUUUGAGCCCUGCUCUGCAACUCUGAGACCUGAGGGGCCAUGCAGACAGGGGCAUGAUGAGAGCACGUGCCCCUACCUAUUCAGUCUGCCGCCGCUGACUGUCCAUUUGCCAAAGCAGCUCAGGGAGCUGGAGAAGAUCGUGAGGGAUCUGCAGAAGCUGAAGGACAAUGUGGAUCAACUGCGGAAGAUGUGCGCAGAUUGUACAGUAAGCCAAACUGAGAGAGAGUGUGGAAGGCAAAGAGAGCAUGAAAAACUGAAUGGGGGUAGGGAAAGACAUAUGGAUGAGAGAAACUGGCUGAAUGGGAGAAAUCCUCAGAGACUACAAGAUUUCAGCAGGGAGUGUGGGACAGACAGGGUUAAAACAGAAAAGUCUAUGGAAGGAGAUGGUGAUACAGACUCAGGCAAAAGAACAAUUUUGGAAGAGAAAGGGAGAAAGAAAUGGGAAGCCGAAAGAGAGCACGAUAAAGGAGUCGUAAAAGAAAAUGAGAAAGAAGAAACCCUAAAAGAAGUGGUAGAAAUGGAUGGAAAAACUCUGACAGAGGGGGCAAAAGAAAAUGACAAACUGGGGAAGGCAAAGGUGCCAACUGCUGGUGGAUAUGAGAGAACAGAGGCAGACAGAAAUAAAGAACAAGAGAGAAAAGGGAAUUCAAAAGGAGAUCGAAGGGAUUCAUUGGAGAAUGGAAAAGAGAGAAAGAUUCCAAGUAAUGUAAAAGAUAAGAAGAAAACAGAAGAACGUGAGAAUCACAUGUGGCUAGAUGAAACAGAAAAAAAGACCCAAACCAAAGAAGACAGGGGCAGUGAUGGAAUAAAGAUGUCUGAGGACCAUGACGAGCAUACAAAUAAGGAGCGAGAGAAGCACCGGGAGGAGAGGAAAGAGGAAAAGGAAAAGGGAAUAAAAGUGGAGCGAAAUAAUGAAAAACCUAAACAGACUGAAAGCAUCGGGCGCGCAGAAAAAGAGAAGACUAUAAAAGAGGGGGAGUUGGAGGAGGAGGAGGAGGACAGGGAGACGGGAAAGGAGAUCAAAACAGAAGGAGAAAAAACGGUCCAGAGCGUACAGAGAGACAGUGAUGGCGAAUUAGCAUCCAGCAAGACGCCUGCGAGGACAGACUUUGUUUCAAUCAGCCCAACUUCUGACUCUAUCAUUAGUUUAGCUCCAAGGCAUGACUCCAUGGACUCAAACAAAGCUAUAACAUUUACGUCAUCUCUUCCAUCUCCUCCUUUGUCCAGCUCCACUUCACAUUUGAUCACAGAUAUCAAUCCAGGGAUGGCAGUAUCUGAUGACGGAUUACCAACCCAAAGCACAAGCUUCAGAAGAGUUGGCAUUGCUGAUGUUGGAGCAGGCAUUAGGACCAAGCCAACAACAACAGCCACAAUAAGCACACUGGCUGGCCCUGGACAGCAGAUAACCAGUUCCACUAGUAGGUUCACCUCUACAACCAGUGCAAGAGCUAGGGCAGGCUUCCAGGGUCAAGUUGGCUCAAAUGCAGCAACUACAACCACCACAACUCCUCUUCAGAGUUUAUACACAACUACAUUCCCAGGAGUCGCAGACCGCAGCCUUUGGACACCUAAAACGAACAUCAGCUCAAACACUAAGCCUGCCGUGAAACCUUUACCCAGCAGAGGACCAAAGCCCGGUGAAAAGCAUAAACCUGCAAUUAAGCCUGAAGCAGACCAAAAGCUUAAAAAUACUAAGAAUGUCCGUAAAUCUGACCGAGCUCCUUUGCCUGACAAAAAAACAAAACAUGACCAAAAGCAGAAGCCUUCUCAUCAAAAACCCACAACCAACCAGAAAUCUAAACCUGGCAAAGACCCUAAACGAGUCAAAAUUCCAAAACCUGACCAAAGACCUCUACCUGAUAAUUUACCAACUGGUCAAAUACCUAAACAUGACCAAAAACAUACAACUGAUCAAAACCAGUCACCUAUUCAAAAGCCAAACUCUCAAAAGUAUAUGCUUCCUGUCUUGAGACCUACAUCUCAUCAAAGGCCUCAAACUGUAAAUGCAACUGGUUCUGGCCCUCUAAAUGGCCGAGAGCCAGAAUCUGAGAAAAGCCCGGUCCAUCCCCUCAAAAUCGACAAGCCUGGCCAAAAGCAAAAUCCUCACAAAAAGCCGAAAGAAGAAACAAAAUCUGAUCAACGGUCUACAUCAAACCAAUAUCUCACACCUGUUCCAGAGCCUAAACCUGAGGAAAGUGGAACAACUAGCUUCACCCCAAAACUUUACCAAAAGCCUGUAACAGAAUUAAUGGAUAAUUCUGAUGAGAAUCCUUUGCUCAAGACUAAAUCUAAAGACUCAACAACACCUGGAGAAAAGCUUACACCUGAUUAUGUCCUGAUCAAACCGCCUGAUGAAACAUCUGAACCUGGCCUAGCACCUAAACUUAACCAAAUUCAUCCAGAGAUUCUAACAGGCCAAAAGUCUAAACCAAAUGUGAAGCCCAGACCUGACCAAACAGCACAAACCAACCAAGGGCUUACAACACCUCACACUGACCAAAUGCCUAAUCUUAACCCCGCAUCUGUGCCUGAUGAAAGCCAUGACGCAGGCUCCAACAAAACAUCCAAACCAAGGCCUCCUCCCAGACAUAGGCCACCAACCAGACCUACAUUCAAGCCAGGAGCAAUAUCGGCUCAGAGGCCACAACCAGCAGCGCAAAUAAAGCCAAGUCCAAAGACCAGAACAGAUUUAGAUCCUCCUCAAAUCAGCGGCACUACUUCAGACGGCAUCCAAUACUCUCAAACUAACAUACCACCUGCAUCUGGCCCUGUAAAACAGAUUGCUGAAGAGACUCAUUCUCCAGGGGACACAGAGUUCAUUCCCAGCACGAUGAAAACUAUCACUCUGGGUCCAAAGACCUCCAACAGCCUGGAGACUGGACCCUUCCCUCGCCUUCACACUCUCUCCAAAGGCUUCACGAUGAGUCCAAACAGCAGGAUUACGUCUGAUCUGAGGCCACAGACAGCUGGUCAACCACCACCGAUCCCAAUGACAACAACACCAAACAUAAUCAUCCAUGGGAUCUUCCCAAGCGUUGUCCCUAGCACCGGUCCAGGACCAACAAAGCCAGAUCAAGCUUCUAAUACUGACUCCAACUUACAAGCUAAGAUACUUUAUAAUGUGGAGGAAGCAGCCGGCAGAAAAACUCCAUAUCCAGACAAAAUGAAGAUUCCAGUUCCUACCCCCAGUGCCCAAACUACCUCCACAACCAGUACUGAUCUCAGGUCAACAACCCCUGCCACCUCUGGCCCCGAGCCCCCGCCUGCUGAGUCUUCCACUACCAGUGCACGUGAGCUGCGUGUGAAAAUCAACCAGGUGGCUGCUUUCCUCAAUAAAAAUGGAAGACCACCAGACAGACGUCCAAAACAGCACCCUGAGGACAACCAGGGUGGCAGCAGGCCUGAAAUGACAGAAAGCAAACUACCAACUCUGAUACCAUCUAAAGUUACAAUGACGCGGACAGACUGCUCCGACCACCUGCUCAUGGGGGAGACAAAAAGCGGGGUUUACCUGGUGACCCCUGACCGCCGCAGUAGGAGCUUCCCGGUCUUCUGUGACAUGGAGCUGGAUGGAGGAGGAUGGACCCUCCUGCAGCGCAGACAGGACGGCAGCGUGAACUUCAACCGCACAUGGGCUGAGUAUCGAUCAGGUUUCGGGGAGUUGGACGGAGGCGAGUUUUGGCUGGGCAACAACAUGAUCCACCUGCUGACCCGGGAGAGGGACAUGGUGCUGCGGGUGGAGCUGGAGGACUUUGACGGGGUGAUGGAGUAUGCAGAGUACGAGCAGUUUAAGGUGGCUAGUGAACGGAUGCGCUUCAGACUGACAGUAGACGGGUACUCGGGUACUGCAGGUGAUGCUCUCCGCUUCAGUAAAACCUAUGAUCACAACAACAGGGCGUUCACCACCUCGGACAGGGACCACGACCGCUAUCCAUCCGGGAACUGCGGGGCCUACUACAGCUCCGGCUGGUGGUUUGAUGCCUGCAUGGCUGCAAACCUCAACGGGAGAUACCAUGUGGGGAGGUACAAAGGUGUUCGGGAUGGGAUUUUCUGGGGGACGUGGCAUAACAUAUCUGCAGAGUAUUACCCUACCAAUGACAGACAGUCUUUUAAAACUGUCAGGAUGAUGAUCAGACCAAAGGGCUUUGCACCAUGAGCUGUGAUUCUCUUCCAGGGCAUGUUGGGAAAGAAACAUGCAUGCUAUCUACCAUUCAACCAUAAGCUCCUUAGAUGCUAUUUCCAAUUUUUAAAAAACCGAGUAUACUCUCCAUACACUUAUUUUACACUAUUAACACAACGCUGCCGCCUUGUGGUGUUUGAUUCUGUUAUACUGAUUUGUUUACAGGAUAAUAUAACAACUGAGGAUGUACAUAGUUACAAAUGUUAUAAUUAUACAAAUUAUACAAAUAAGAUUAUACAAAUGUUAUAAUCCUAAUUACACAGUAUCUUUUUAUAACCUUUUAAUAUGAAUAUGUCAUAAUGAGAGUGUAAUUUGUUCAAUGACGAUAGAUGGAAAGAGUUAUUUUUCAGUGAAGUCUGAAUCUGACGGGUAUGCAACACAGAUAUUUUUUUAUUACAAUACUGGAAAGCCAGUUGGUGGUUGGUUGAAGCUGUUUGGGAUGUUUUAUAAUUAAGUUGUUUGGUUAAAAUAAAUAAAAUUAUGAUGAACAGGC